AUCGAGUUCGAGGGGAUCUGCGAUGGGCCGGGGAGGAGAGCGUCCUAUGAGGCCUAGUCGAGACGGCACUAAUAUGCGCGAGGAUGACUCGAGAACCCAGCAAACAUCGAGGGAAGAGACUCCUGAGACGACGACGACUACCUCGUCCUCGACUCCGGCUACGGUGACGAACAACUACAACAUCUUCAUCAGCGACCCCAAUUCUGACCAACUCUCCGACAUUCUUCGCCGCAUGAACAUCGACCCAUCGACCAUUCCAAGCAACACUCCUCGAGCCACCACACCCACUGGGCCCACCAUACACGAGCUUCCAUAGCAUACAGCAGCUAGUCCUCUUCCGCAAGGCACAUCAUCCCACCCAACCUGCCCUCAAAACACAUCCGAAAACGCCGCAGGCAUCAAUACCAACCCGUUCCCAUCCCGGCGCGUCCGCUUCGCGGAGAGGAACCACUACUACGAGUAUCCGUCUGUCGAGGACGUGUCGGACUCGGAGGGGGAAGACACACCGCCGCCCUCCCUGCCGCCGCUGCAUAGGAGACGGAGUGCGAUGGCGGGAUCGAUGCAGAGGUUCGGGGGUCAGGGGAACGAGCAGGGGCAGCGUGGUCGUAGGCUGAUAAGGAUAGUGCUAGAGAGAGGCGGUCAGAUGCCGCGUGGUGGUGG